UGUCCCUCGGACACAGCGGAUCACGGAAAGAGCCGAAGAUGUAGGCUCGGUCAUGUGAUCAGCUGUGUCCAAUCACAGCUGAUCACAUGACACUGAUUAUCAGUGUGCCCUGAUGAUCAGUGUGGCCCCAGAAGUGCCACCUGUCAGUGCUCAUCAGUUCCACGUGCCAGUGCACAUCAGUGCCACAUCAAUGCCACAUAUCAGUGCAUACCAGUACACAUCAAUGCCACAUAUCAGUGCCCAUCUGAGCUGCUUUUCAAUGUCACCCAUCAGUGCCAGUCAGUGCCACCUAUCAAUGCCAAUCAGUGCCACCUAUCAGGGCUGCCAAUCAGUGCCACCUAUCAGUGCCAGUCAGUGUCACCUAUCAGUGCGCAUCAGUGCCAGUCAGUGCCGCCUAUCAGUGCCAGUCAGUGCCGCCUAUCAGUGCCAGUCAGUGCCGCCUAUC